AUGCUAUCGCUUGCAUUCCUAUCAAAUGUUGUUCAAUUAGCACAAACAGGUCGUUUAUUUUUGAAUGGACUAAUGUUUCUUGGAGGUAUGGGGGGCUUUGGUGGUGGAGGUUACGGAGGUGGUGGCUUUGAUCAAGGUGGUUACGGUGGAAUGGGAGGAGGAUUUGGUGGUCCAGGAUUCGGUGGUGGUAUGGGUGGUGGAGGAUGGUUUUAG